CCCGCCCGCCGCGGGGAGGCGGGGUCGCCCGCGGAGUUAAGUGCGGCCCAGGCCGGGCCACCGGCUGUCCCCCCGCCCGAUGCCAUGGACGAGGAUCGCGCCUCCGCCCGCCUGCGCGUCUUGCUGCGACACCUCGGCGGCCGCUCGGCCGGGGCCGUCAUAGCGCACCACACUUCAGGGACUGUUUCUCCUGCCGGCUUCCAUCCUCAACAAUUCCAGUAUACUCGGGAUAAUAAUAUUCUAAGCCUAGAACAGAGAAAAUUUUAUGAAGAAAAUGGAUUUCUUGUCAUUAAAAAUUUGGUGUCUGAUGCUGAUAUUCAAUAUUUUAGGGAUGAGUUUGAAAGAAUCUGCAGAAUGGAGGUGAAACCACUGGGAUUGAUGGUGAUGAGAGAUGUGACCAUUGCAAAAUCAGAGUAUGUGCCAAGUGAGAAAGUGAUCACCAAGGUCCAAGAUUUCCAAGAAGAUAAGGAACUCUUCAGAUACUGCACCCUCCCUGAGAUUCUGAAAUAUGUGGAGUGCUUCACCGGACCCAAUAUUAUGGCCAUGCAUACGAUGCUGAUAAACAAACCUCCAGAUUCUGGCAAGAAGACAUCCCGUCACCCCUUGCACCAGGAUCUGCACUAUUUCCCCUUCAGGCCCAGCAACAGCAUCGUUUGUGCCUGGACAGCCAUGGAGCACAUCGACCGGGACAACGGCUGUCUGGUUGUGCUCCCAGGGACACACAGAGGCCCCUUGAAGACACACGAUUAUCCCCAGUGGGAGGGAGGGGUUAACAUCAUGUUCCACGGGAUCCAGGACUAUGACAAAAAUAAUGACCGGGUGCACCUCCUGAUGGAGAAAGGAGACACCGUUUUCUUUCAUCCUUUGCUCAUCCAUGGAUCUGGUCGGAACAAAAGUCAAAGAUUCCGGAAGGCAAUUUCCUGCCAUUUUGCGGAUGCCAACUGCCACUACAUCGAUGUGAAGGGUACCAGUCAAGAAAACAUUGGAGAGGAAAUUUUAGAGAUAGCCAGUAAAAUCCAUGGAGUGAAAGACGUCAGCCUGAAGUGGAGCAGUCAUUAUAGCUCCAAGUUCUUAAUGAGAAAAUGAAGAGUUCAAGAGAUUGCCCUCAAUUACGAUGUUUGGAGAUUUCGAGCACGCGUCGUGAAAGGAGAAAGAAUCAACCUUUGAAAUAGCCCUUUGCUCGAACUCUUUUCAAGAAAACCAGGAUGGAACAAGGUCUCAGAGGAAAACCUUUUCUCAAUGAGAUGAUGUAAUCUUUUCUAUCCACUUGUUAACAAAAUCGAAGUGCACAGAUCCGGUACUUAAUUGCAUACAGGUAAUUCUGCAGCACGGUGGCGUGGCUUUAAUGGACAUAAAAUCAGUAAAAGUGAAAUAUUACUGUUUUAAGGAAAACUUGGGGUUGCAACUAAUAAAGGUGAUGCAUAAUUGAA